GGAGCCCAGAAACCCUCCAGGUCAGAGAUGCUGUGGCUGCUGCCCCUACUGUGGGCAGAGUCCCUGGCUCAGAAAACAGAACACACGCUGACAGUGCCAACAGUGACAGUGCAGAAGGGCCUGUGCGUGUUUGUGCCCUGCACCUUCACCAUCCCAGAAAGGAGCUACUGGACUACUCCUCCUGCUGCGUAUGGCUACUGGUUCCCAGAAGGAGCUAAAGAACACCAGGAUGCUGCGGUGGCCACAAACAACCUGGCUCAUAAAGUGCAGGAGGGGACCCAGGGCCGAUUCUACCUCCUCGGGAAUCCCCAGACCAAAAACUGCUCCCUGGACAUCAGAGACGCCAGAAGGACAGAUGAUGGAUUAUAUUAUUUUCGGGUGGAGAGGGAAAAUUACCCAACGUUUAAAUAUUCUUACAAAAAGAACAUGCUCUCCGUGCGAGUGACAGCCCUCAACCACACACCCGACAUCCUCAUCCCUGGGACCCUGGAGAGUGGCCGCCCCACGAACCUGACCUGCUCUGUGCCCUGGGCCUGUGAGCGGGGCACGCCCCCCAUCUUUUCUUGGACGUCAGCUGCCCACAGCUCCCUGGGCCCCAGGACCCGCCUCUCCUCCAUGCUCACCCUCAGUCCAGGGCCCCAGGACCACGGCACCAACCUCACCUGUCAGGUGCAUUUUCCUGUCGCUGGUGUGACCGUGGAGAGAACCAUCCAGCUCAACGUCACCUGUGCCCCACAGAAUGCAACACCAGGUGGUUGCCUAGGAGACGGUGCAGGGGAGCCGAGGACAAGGACAGACGUGGUUCAGGCGGCCGUCGGGGGAGCCGGUGUCACUGCACUGCUGGGUGGCUGCCUCUGCCUCAUCUAUUUUGUAGUGAAGACCCGCAGGAAGAAAGCCAGGACAGCAACGGGCAUGGACAAUAUCCACACUGCCAUGGAGCCAGCUUCCCUGGGUCAGCAGAAGACGCCCAAGUUAGACAGCCCGGCUGACUCCACCGGCUCUGCAGGGGCCACCCCGACCUUGAGGGAGGAGCCAGAGGUGUAUUAUGCCUCCAUCCGCUUUCAGGGGAAGAAACCUCCUCAGAUGAGCACCGACGCGGAAUACUCAAAUGUCAGGACCCAGUGAGAGGCCGAAACGUCCAUAUCCUCUAUGGGAAGGGGGACCUACCAGCUGAUUUUUGGAGACCUCACAUCCCCACAGGCAGUGGGUUUACAAACUACUGUGUAUGACUUUCCUGAUCUGUUGGAACUAUCUUAGGCAUUGCAAUCAGAGAGACCUGGGAGCCAGUUCCUGCUCUUUCCGUCGAUUAAGAAGAAUAUGACACCUCCUGAGCCACCUUACCCCUCCGGGACUUGAUUUCCUGAUUUGUGACCAGGCAUAAGAAGUUCUACAGUGCAGGGUUGCCAUGAGGAUUAAAUAAAAGUACACAUGGAACCUGGCUGGUAGCUCAGCUGGUUAGAGCACCGUCCUGUUAUGCCAAGGCUGUGGGUUCCAGCCUCAGUCAGGGCACAUACAACAAUCAACCAAUGGCGCUGGCUGGUGUGGCUCAGUUGGUUGAGUGCUGUCCUGUGCACCGAAAGGUUGCUGGUUUGAUUCCAGGUCAGAGAACAUGCCCAGGUUUCCGGCUCGAUUCCCAGUAGGGGCCGUGCAGGAGGCAGCUGAUCAAUGUCGUACUCUCGCAUUAAUGUUUCCCUUUCUCUCUCCCUCUCCAUUCCUCUCUGUCUCACCAAAAAAAAAAA